AACCUCUUUUUUAUAAUUUUUAUUGUUAUAAAAACUGAAAACAUUCGUACUAUACGUACAAUGGUGUUUGGUUUUACAAUGUUGAAGUCGUCGGUGCUAUUUAUUGCGUUGCUGGCAGCCAUCUUGGUGGAGGCCAAAUAUAUUUCAAGGGAAAAGGUUCCAUAUGUAGUGUCUAUCAAAGAGGCAGACAAUCACAUUUGUAGUGGUACAAUAUUACGUGGCAAUUGGGUUUUGACAUCUCCGCAAUUUGUUUAUGAUAAACAACCGAAGGACCUGCUUGUUGUCAUGGGAACAGUUGACAAAACAGAUUCAAAGGCUUUAAGUGUUCAUGUAAAAAAAAUAAAAGUUCACCCGAACUACGAUUACAUGGAUUUCGCGUAUUUCUUUGCGCUUUUGAAGACUAAAGAGGAUAUAUCGUACAGCAAACUCGUGUUACCGAUUGAACUUCCCACAGCUCCAACUAAACCGGCUGAAAAUUUAUUAGCCUUUGGAUGGAAGCUCAAAGGGGAUAAAAAACCAACAAAUAAUUUACUAGUGAAAAAUGUAACAUCUUUAGAAAAAUACGUAUGUGGCGACUAUCAUUGUGUUCAAUAUGAGCCUCAUAAGUCUACUUUAGCCAUUAAGAAUAACAAAGAAUUUGAUACCUAUGAAGAAGACUUCAGUGACAUCGGAGGGCCAGUAGUUAACAAGAACAAACAAAUUGUGGGAGUCAUCCAAAUAGUGUCCAAGCCUACUGAUCCAAAACGUUCGGGAUUAUGUGCAAAAGUUUACGAGGGAUUAACAUGGAUUAAUGAAAUGUUAAAGGACAAUUAUUAAGAUAUACAAAAUUAUGUAUAAUUUUUAUACAUUAAAACAAUUAAAAUUACAAAAAGCAUCUUAUAUA